GCCAAAAUCACAGGACGAGCCCAUCGAUCGCAGCGGCUGGUAACGACAUUAUUGGGCAGCCUCAUCCACGAGAGGCAUCAGCCUACUAAAUGUCUACCUUUCCUUCGUGCCACUCCAUGCUACAUACGGUCAUAAAAGGCCAGGGUUCUGCACGUUGUGGCUGUGGUGAAUAAAAUCCCACCGAGGCGUGGCGACAGCUCUCUGUCGCACCAACAUGGCCGCCUGGACGAUGCUUCUCGCAUGCGCUGGUGGGUAGGGAUGUCACAUUAACACACCACUCCCUCGAUGGCUCACGGCUAGGACUGGUAUUUAAGCCUGCCAAUCUCAAGCCGGGACGCGACUGUCCGGUUGUUCGCCUCCUCCCACAUCCAUCGCCUCCAUCGAGAAGCUGGGCGAUUUCAAUCACGACGCCAUCUGAACAGCCCGAGAACUCAGCUAUCGGAACAAUGGAAACGCUUCACGAGGAAGUCAUCCAGCGAAUCGUUCAAUUCAUCGCCGGCGAAUGGCCCAACGCUCGUAGGAUAGCCGCCUUGGCGACCUUGUCUGCAAAGUGGCAGCGCGCCGUUGAGCGCCGCACCUUUGAGCACAUCAGGAUCACCAACCACGAUGACGACCUGGAGACGCUUGAGAGAGUUGUCAUCACUGACCCUCGACGUCGGGCUUAUCUACGUUUUCUGCACUUCUCCGUCAACCUGGACCUGCCUGCCACAUCGACAGACAGCAGAAGUGGCAGCCAAGAGAUGCAGGCGAAUGUACGCUUCACUGAGGGUUUAGCCAAACUUUUUGGCGCAUUGGUAUUGGCAAACCGAGUUGAUGAUGGCACUGCCGGGCCAAGCAAUGCGGACGAUCGGUCCAAAGGGAUCACGCUCCAGAUCGUGCCACUCCUAUCGCGUGUCGAGACCAAGAAAAAGCAAAAGAACCUGCGCCAGUGUGUCCGGAUCUUGGAUGAUGUCGACACCAGCACUUCAACGGCGCAGCAUCAAGCACUGUCGCCCGUGACGUGUAUUUCUCACCUGGUGUUGGGGCUUUCUAUGGAAAGGGGGCGUUUGGCCAUGCGGACGGCGCUGGAUCUGGCGAAAUGGUUGCCCGGCUUGAGCCAGCUGGAUAUGACUGCUAUACUGGAGGUACCAUCGGAUGCCCAACCAAACCUAGCUCAGCACGUCGACGAUAGGCAGGAACUUGCCAGGGCUCUCAAGAGGGCCGCGAGCUCUCCGUCAUCACUGAGAGAGGCGUUGUUCUCGAUCGAGGAGCAGGAUCCGUGGUCUGUGCAAAUGCAUCCACGGUUCGUCUUCCCAGAUCUGACCAGGACCGCGUCGGACGCCACGGUUGGUCCUGCAGACCAGGGAGCGGAGCUCAAAGCAGACCCCCUUGGCGCGGCGCUCCGAACGUGGUCCAACAACCUUGUUACAUUGGAUCUCUGUGGUGUCUUCGACGGCUCACUAUUCUGGCCUGCCGGACAAGGAACAACAGUCAGCACCAAGUCGUCCGCCCUUCCCUCCUGGCCAAACCUCAAGAACAUCAGCGUCAAGUUAGGGACGUCCACGCCUACAGGGGGCUGGUACUUCAUCCCCAGACCCGACCCCGAGAGCGACGGCCACCGUUGUGUGCCCAACGACGACGCACUCCAGCUGCUCUUCGCGAGCUGGUCCCGAGCGCUCGGGCGAAUGCCGGUCCUAGAGAACGCGGUGCUCUACUUCGAGCUGAUAUUCGAGAUGGAUGGAGCGCAGCUGGGGGCGGGAGAGGACAGCACGGCCUUUGGCCGCUGGCUAGUCGCGUUCCAGGCGCCCAAUGCGAUACCCAGGCCCGGAGUCGCGAUGCAGUGGGCGCGGACACUUACCCAAGAGGAAUCACAGCGGGCGAGGCUUGUUUUCCAGUGCGUCUCGGGGUGGAGGCCCCAGCGGGAUACGAUGGAGAGACUGUGUUCCAUCUCGGAGGAAACACCCGUCUUCUUGGAGGUGGACUUGUUGGAUAACGUCAGCGCCGUCGAUGCUUGAGCCGGACGGUCAAGAUCCCGCCAGCUCACAGGCCUAAAUAAUAAAGCAGGGGCUACACGCCUGCGCGGUUUCGACAAUAAUUUAUCCCCAUCAACUUGAAAAUCCAUCAAAGACUCUACAAUCAAUAGACACAAGAACUUCCUGGUUGACAAGACGGUACAGGCGCGCCAAGAUCACUCGUCAAUCUCACCAAGGUGUCUCCCUCCAUGAGCAGGCAUUCAUCCAAGAAAGCGGCUGGCCCCCUAAAAGGGAGGCACCCAUUGCCCCUGAGCAUUCCACUCCUGUUGCA